AGCUGGCAGUGUGUGCGUUCUCGGCUGAUUGGCGAAAUAGUAUUAAGCAGUCAGGUUGCGAAUAUCUUGCACCGCACAUCGCGAUGCGGAAUCUAAUUUUAGCGUUUUUAGUUCGGUUCGCUUGGUGGCUAUUACGCGUCUAGUCGCAAAUCAAGCCAGUAAUGGAAUCGCUUAGUGCCGAAACGCGUGGCGAAAUCUACGAGAAACUGUGGAUCAGAAUGCCGAAGCUGAACGCGAACCCGGUGUCACACUUCCGCAUCGACGAUUUUAUCGGACUUAUCAAGCGUUACCCCAUCAUCUACAAUCGGCUGGACAAGCACAACAAGCAGGAAUACGCCGAUACGUGGGACCAACUGGAAGCCAUACUGAAAACGCCCAAAAAGUUCCUAAUGAUGAAGUGGAAAGGACUGCGGGAUAACUUCCGUGUAGAACUGAAGAAGGAAUAUUAUUCCACCCCGGAGAAUCGCUACGUCUCUAAAUGGGUACACUACAAAAAACUCUCCUUUCUGAAGGACCAAGUCUUGCCUACUCUAGAUCAGAAAUUCGACAGCGACAGCCACGAUGAGCUCCAUCAAAUAAUGCAAUUUGUGCAGAAUGCCACUCAGGAGGAUUCGCAUGUACCACUGGGUGAGCCCGGUGUCAGCGAACAUUCCUACGCCAAUCACGAAAACGGUCAGAUAAAAAUCAAAAAAGAGCAGGAUGAAAUGGAUGACCGCACUCAGAAUACCCCAGACGAAGCCGACUUCAGCUUCAAUCACUUCCAGGAAACGGAAAAUUUCUGCUCGACACCCAAGACACAUCCAUUGCCAGAAAUCACAAUCACACCAAAAAUUGCACCAUCACCGAUCGUUCAAAACCAACCAAUCAACCUGCGACGCAAGCGACGCUCCGAAGGAUCCCAGGAAUCGCUGGUACUUCCGCCGAAAGUGCAAACCAAUCGGCUCGAGAUGGUUCCCCCGCAGGAUGACGAUUAUCACUUCCUGAUGAGCAUUCAUCCGUAUCUGAAACAAUUACCGCUGGCCGUGAAGCUCAAAGUGCGCCUGCAGAUGCAGCAAGUCCUAUUCAACGAACUGAUGAAGCAACCGAUCGCCGAUGAGGAAGACUGAGCAAGGGAAUGCGUACGCGGUGCGCAAACCGAAGCCAAAUGCGUUCUUUGAUCUCACUUUAAAUCUGUGUAUGUACACUUGAAAUAAAAAUAGAAGUUGUUGUCUAAAUCGA